AUGGGGUCAGUCGCUGAGGAUCACGAUCGUGUACUGAUCAUAGGAGCUGGGGCGGCUGGUCUGCUGAUAGCUCAAAUCUUGAAAAAGGAAAAUAUCCUUUGCACGGUUUUCGAACAGGACGCCACUCCCCAUGCUCGGCCACGAGACUGGAAUUAUGGCGUGUACUGGGCCCAGUCAAACCUGUCGGAAUGCCUGCCGCCGGAGCUUAUCAAUCAGCUUGAGACAUGUCAAGUUGACUUGCACAAGCCUGCAGAUACGGAUUACCUGCCUUCCUUCAACGGAGAAACGGGCGAAAGGAUCCUGGCCUUUCCUGCUCCGUACAGUCUUCGCCUGAAGCGGAGAGCCUUUCUCGAACUGAUUGCAACUGGAGUUGAUGUCCAAUGGGGCAAGCGUCUGGCGAGUAUUGACACAGAUGGAAGUAUUGUUAGCGUCACAUUCGAAGAUGGCAGUUCAGCGAGUGGGCGACUGUUGAUUGGUGCCGAGGGUGCCCAUUCGCGUGUCCGUGAAUUUCUUGUCGGAAAGGAAGAGGCUGCAUUAAACCCUUCGCCAGUGGUAUCCUCGAUUUCAGUGCCCCGUCUGCCUGCCGAAGUCGCGCUGGCAGUCAAAGAGCUUCACCCACGAUACUGUCUUAUCCUCCAUCCUGAUGGUUAUUUCGGCUGGGUCGGGAUUCAUAACGCACAGGGAGAGCCAGGAGAGUGGGAGUUCCUUGUUAUGAUCUCGUGGAUUUCCAACGAAGACACAGGCUUGUCUGGCGAUGCAAUUCUUGAGAGCCUGAAGGAAAUAACCUGCAGCUUUGCAGAGCCAUUCCGUUCCGUCUUUCAGAGCCUCCCGGAAGGGACCAAAGUCUGGCAUAGCAGACUGUCCUACUGGGAAACACAGCCUUGGGAUAACCGCAAUGGCACCGUUACGGUCGUUGGAGACGCAGCACAUCCCAUGACGUUCCAUCGUGGGCAAGGCCUGAACAAUGCGAUCCUGGAUGCUGCCUUCCUUGGUCGCGAGAUCGCCAAAUUAGAAAAUAAAUCACCAGGCUCACUUUACCCAGCAGUCACGGCUUAUGAGAAGGAAGUCUGGGUGAGAGGAAAGGAGGCCGUUGCUCAGUCGAAUCUCAACAGCAUGCUGCUUCACAAUUGGAGCCAGCUGAAGGAAUCCCCCCUUUUCCAGCUUGGGUUGAAGCAAAAGCCGAAGGCAGCCCAAAAUAACAGCAGCAGGUAGAUAUCACAAACUUAUACAUCCAAGUAUGCAACAGCCAGCAUAUAUUCAGAGGGUUUCAGAAGAGAGAUAAUAAUAUGAC